AGAACGUAUCCACAGCAAUGGGAGUGUCGGGUGACGCCGGAGCUUCGCUCACCGAAACGGUAGGCUUAAAGAGACAACAGCGAAGCCGGGCUGGUCUUUAGUGGGAAAUUAAAUCACUUUUAAGAGCUUAAAUAAAGGACCAUGUCGCGGCGUACUACAUAGGGAACUCAAACGCAGGCAUUCAGAGAAAGACGGACUAUACCGCUCAAACCUGUUAAUGCUGGUUCUGUCUGAGUCUGCUUACAGCAGUGUUAGAACAUGAAGAAUGUUCACUAUAAUACCCAAGACUGACUUCAACGAAACCAUGAGGAGCACAAGGGGACGUUCACUUGUUUGGUUCCACUAGCAGGAGUUGUGUAUGUCAGUGUUGAGGAGCAAUUGUGGGUGGAUGUGGGAGUGCGUGCGUGUGCGUCUGUAUGUGUGCGUAUGCUAGCAUAACCUGCCUGCUUCAGGCAGUGACAUGCUACUCUGAGGGCAAACGUACAGUAAAGGAGACCCAUCCACCGAAGGAUUAAUGCAGGGACGACACUUUUGGUGAUACCUACCACGUCUGCAGAAGACAUCGGUUUCUGCUCUUCAAAAAUAACCAGUAUAUAGAUACUUUUAAACCCCUUCACCCGUUUGUCUUUUCGCCACCAUCCCCACACGUUUCCUGGGGGUUGUUUUGAAACUUCUCUGUUUUGCAUGGCAGGGGAGUAACCGUGGAGAGGCCAGGGUAUCACAAGCUUAUGGAUUUUGAGAAAAGAGGUGGGAAGGGAGAGACAGAGGAAGGGAAAAGGAUGUCAAAAACAGCUAGUAGUAGGACUGGACAUGGGGGCCGGGGAACGGGGAUCAACUCUGGGGUCCUUAUGGUUGGUCCCAACUUCAGAGUUGGGAAGAAGAUCGGCUGUGGAAACUUCGGUGAACUGCGGCUAGGCAAGAACCUCUACACAAAUGAAUAUGUGGCCAUCAAACUGGAGCCAAUCAAAUCCAGAGCGCCUCAACUCCAUUUGGAGUAUAGAUUUUAUAAACAGCUGGGAAAUUCAGAGGGAGUUCCUCAGGUCUUCUACUUCGGGCCUUGCGGGAAGUACAAUGCUAUGGUUCUGGAACUGCUUGGGCCCAGUCUGGAGGACCUGUUUGACCUCUGUGACCGCACUUUCUCCCUUAAGACCGUCCUAAUGAUAGCUAUUCAACUGAUAACACGUAUGGAGUACGUUCACACGCGGAGCUUGAUAUAUCGAGAUGUCAAGCCAGAGAAUUUUUUGGUGGGGCGGCCGGGGUCCAAGAGGCAGCACACCAUUCAUAUCAUUGACUUCGGGCUUGCCAAAGAAUACAUAGACCCCGAGACCAAAAAACACAUCCCAUACCGAGAGCAUAAGAGCCUGACUGGCACUGCCCGAUAUAUGAGUAUCAACACACAUUUGGGAAAAGAACAAAGCAGAAGGGACGACCUAGAAGCACUGGGCCAUAUGUUUAUGUACUUCCUGAGAGGCAGUUUGCCCUGGCAGGGCUUGAAGGCAGACACAUUGAAAGAACGUUACCAGAAAAUUGGCGACACCAAGCGAGCUACGCCGAUCGAAGUGCUAUGUGAAAGUUUCCCAGAGGAAAUGGCGACCUAUCUGAGAUAUGUGAGAAGACUGGACUUCUUUGAGAAACCAGAUUAUGACUACCUGAGGAAGCUCUUCACAGACCUCUUCGACAGGAACGGCUACAUCUUUGAUUACGAGUACGACUGGGUCGGCAAGCCUCUACCUACACCCAUAGGCCCCAUCCCCACAGACACACCCCAGCCAAGCAGCAGAGACAAAGCACAACCACAGACCAAAAACCAGUCACCCGAGCCCAAAGGAAGUGAGUCCCAGCCCACUCCAGUGACCAAUAAGGAGACUCUGGGGUCGCAUCUCACGGCCGAGAGGCUGGGGGGCUCAGUGCAGGUCAUGAGCUCCACGAAUGGAGAGCUGAACACAGACGACCCAACCGCGGGACACUCCAACGCUCCCAUCACUGCACCCGCUGAGGUAGAGGUGGCAGAAGACACAAAGUGCUGUUGUUUUUUUAAGAGAAGAAAGAGGAAAACUCUUCAGAGGCACAAGUGAAGCGCACUCUUUGAAAAGAACUUGAAACAUUCUGGUCACUGUUAAGUUUGAAAUGCAAGCAAAUACACAGAUCUCUUUCUCUGUCUUUCUCUCUUUCUCUCUCUAUCUCUUUCUCUGUCUUUCUCUCUCUUUCUCUCUGUCCCCAUCACACUUUCUUUCAUUGAUGCUUCAACACUUAAUGGAGUUCAAAGGAAUGUUGUUAACAGUCCAACAGACUCUGGUUCCUUC